CUCACAUACCCCCUCCCCGCGUUCGGUUUCGCCGCACACUGUACCGAGUUUACACCCUACCGAACUGAGCAGCAAGAAGCCAACUAGCAUGGCAUGGAUUGAAAGGGAGGCGAAGGGAUUGCCGGUAAUAGUGAUGAAAUAAGGGGAAAGGGAAAGAGGUGAAAAUGGAAACUAGUGAGAUGUGGAAAGGGACAUAUAGGGUACUGGCAAAGUACGGAAAGUUGAGAUACAGAGAGGCAAGAAGCAGGAGCAGAGGCAGCUGGCAGGGGAACCUCCACCCGUAUGGAUCAGUUUCCACACAACCUACGGUACUCAUUAUCACCCCAGCCUAUCUACUUGUACGAGUGUAUUUUUAUUUUUUUCUUCUUUUUUUUCUGCUCUUUUGUUGCUUUUUGUCGUUGUUAUUAUCACUAUCAUGAUUAUUACCGUAUUAUCAUCCUCCCCUUUGGGUUAAAUAAAAAAGGAUUAUACCCAAGCACCCCACCUCCUGUCUUUUUCGCACGGUUGCUUCUGCUAUGGUCUCUCCUCUCUCCCUCUUGUUCUCUCCACUUCGUUCUCUUCUCUAUCCAAAUCUCUCCAGUCAUUUGAUCAACCUCAUUUCCGGCUGGUGGGUUGGCUGGCCCACACAGCAGGUUGGGCCGGUCCCAGGGAGGUUUGGUGUAGGUUAUGGGUUGCGCAACGUGAGCUGUCAAGUGUCAGGCGCCUUCCGUCUCAAGCCUCUCCCUUUUUUUCCUCUCGUGAAUCGAGAUUUCAGAUCCUUGAUAACAAUCCCAGGUACACUAUGAGAUAGUGGUUGUGGUAUGAAAGUCUAAAUGAUGGCGCUGACACACUACACGGAAACUCCAGCGAGCAUGUCAAGAUAAAAAAUUCAGCCAUGAUGGGGGUUAUGGUAGAAAGAUUAAUUUCUAUGAGUGGUGGGUGUGCUGGGCUGGCUUAUCCUCUCUUGUGGGGAAUAACGUUCUUUCAAUUGUCUUGUUAUUUCCUUUUUUCCUUCCUUUCUUCCCUUUUUUCUUUUCUUUUUUCCCUUCCUCUUCUUAUUUCUUUUAUUUCGGUAGAAGACUUGAGCUCUCUUUGACCCUGUGGUAGUCUUUAAGUUACUGUACUUGUGCAAGGACCAGACAUAGAAAAGUGGUACAGAGCAGGGUGGUAGGCCGCAACUAGCUCGUCUUGGAAGCAGACGGACAUACACACCUUCCAUCGUUCAACGAGAGGUACCUCGUCCAUCAAUUAUAUUCGUUCAAAGUCGACCGAGGCAAGAGGAAACAGAGAUCCCUUCAGGGCCAUGUUUCUCAGGUGUGCCACUUCCACUUGAGGUUUUAGUUUUUCACCGUACCAUUAUUUUAUCCCUGACCCUUGUAUGUGUGGAUUCAGGACAAUGCUUGCCUCUCUGCUUACCCGCACUUUGGAUUCGUGGAAAAGGAGUCGGGAAAGGCGGGUUUGGGUGGUUUGGGGUGGAUUGCUACACAGAAUUCCAGUGUUCUCACCCCUGCUCGCUGCCUUCUGGCGGGAUAUUUGCUGUAACCGAAUCCGCGAACGAGUUCUCGAGUGCUCGUACAAACCUUCUUGCCUGCCGUACUUGUACUCUACCACACACUUGGGGUCCGCCGCCACAACCUUACCUUCCUCUUUUCGCCAUUUAUUUUACUUCCUACUAUUUACCCCCUUCAUCCACUUCGAGGAUAACACCACCCCAUCUCCAUCAUCGUCGUCGCCACUAUCGUUUAUCAAUCAAUCCAUUGCUGGGUCGUUCCUACCCUGCAUCGCUAAGUUAUCCAGUAAGCCAACUGUAAUUGCUGACAAGCUGCAACGGCAGGAUCGACCGGUUUUUGACUCUCGGGGGGGAGGGGGCAAUCAUGGGAGGGGACCGGGGGGCGUGAAGAGGGGGGACGGAUGGCGGAGGGGCAUAUAUAAAUCUCAAUAUUAUACCCUUUCAAUCGAGUCUCUGGCCUAA